AUGAUCAAUACAGAUGGUUCAAGAGAGGAAAGCAACGACUUGUCUUCAUGUGGGGGUGCUGUUCGAAACCAUGAAGAAACGUGGUUAAUGAGGUUUAAGAAAUUUCUUGGAACGUGCUCGAUUUUGGAAGCAGAACUUUGUGGUGUUUACGUUGAUCUCCACUGGGCUCGAGACACCAACCUGAGGAGAGUGAUUAUUGAGAAUGAUAACUUAAAUGUUAUUAACAUGCAACAGAAUCAUAAAAGGAAGUCUAAUUUGCUAACCAUUGUGGAUCAUAUAUACUGCUUGCUUGACCGAGAUUGGGAGGUCAGAUUCUAA